GUCAGCACGGGAACAAUACAGACUUUUGUCAGUUUGUGCAUGUCUAUCGAAACAACACGCGACUCGCUGGAAGGUCGAAGUUUUUCCUAGUGGAAUUGUAGUACUGCGAGCUUUGUUUUAUUGAGCAUAAAUAACGCUAAUUACCGAACGAGUCAUCCCAUCUUCGGAAGUCAAUAGUGAUAAGAUUAUCUCUGUGCGAAAAAAUCAUAGCAAAAAUCUCCCUGAAGCAAAGAUAAAAUGCAAGCAGGUCGUUUCUAAUUGAAUUAAACUGCACAGUGCGCAAAACGUUCCGUAAAACAGAGCGAACCCCUUAUAAUAUCGGCAGCGUGACACACACGUUAGCAUAAAAGCAAACUGUGAACACUUUAGCCGGGUAUCCAGAUCAAAACACGACGAUGGCUUACCAAGGAGGAGGAUAUUAUCAAGACCCAAAUCAAGCGUACUACGGGGGACAGUAUCCGCAGCAACCCGGCUACAACCCGAACUAUCCUCCACAGCAGCCCGGCUAUCCUCCACAGCAGCCCGGCUAUCCACCGCAACAGCCCGGUUAUCCUUCGGGUGGUUAUAUUCCCGGCUACCCACCACAGCAACCCGGUUAUCCACCACAGCAACCCGGUUAUCCACCGCAGCAACCCGGCUAUUCUCCCCAGCCCGGUUUCGUACAACCUCCACCGGCAAUGCCUGGUGCGUACGGUGCCGCAUACGAUCCCGAGACGGGCAGCGUCAAGGGUUUCGAAUUCAAUGAUCAAUCGAUCAGACGUGGAUUCAUCCGCAAGGUGUAUUCCAUCCUCACGGUACAACUCAUGAUCACACUCGGCUUUAUAACGCUCUUUCUCUACCACCGGCCGACAAAGCUAUGGGUACAGAACCACCCGGAGAUGUUCUGGAUUGCGUUGGGAGUUAUGAUUGUGACACUAAUUACGAUGGCAUGCUGCGGUGAUGUGCGCCGAAAGGCACCGAUGAACUUCAUAUUUCUCACACUCUUUACACUGGCCCAAGCAUUCCUGCUUGGUGUUACAACGGCCAACUUUAGCUCACAAGAGGUCAUGCUAGCGGUAGGCAUAACGGCAGCUGUCUGUCUCGGGCUGACACUGUUCGCCUUCCAGACGAAGUGGGACUUUACCGUCAUGGGUGGCAUCCUGUUUGUGGCCGUACUGAUCCUGAUGCUGUUUGGGCUGAUCGCGAUCUUCUUCCCGGGCAAAACGAUCACGCUCGUGUACGCUUCGGCUGGUGCGCUGAUAUUCUCGAUCUAUCUGGUGUACGAUACGCAGCUAAUGCUCGGUGGCGAACACAAGUACUCGAUCAGCCCCGAAGAGUAUAUCUUUGCCGCGCUGAACCUUUAUCUGGACAUUGUGAACAUUUUCCUGUACAUCCUUACCAUCAUCGGUGCAUCGCGCGAUUAAACACGGCGUAGGUGCCGGUGAUCAGGUUGUUGAUUUUAAAAUUUUCAGUAAUUUCUUUUUCUACCUUUCUCUCAUUCCAUACAAACGAUAUAUGAAUGUUUGCUGUAAGGUUUCUGACAGCACUAUUUAUCUAUAGGCAUCUAUGUUUCUAUGCUUGUUGUGUUAGAUUGCCUUAAGAAUGAUUGCCAUAUGUUUUCAGUAAUUUUCAUAUACAAUUAUCUCAAAAAAAACGUUUGGUUGUUAGCUGCAUUGAGCUUCUAAGCAGAUGUGUAGAUGCGCGAGAAUCCUACGCGCACAUCCAUUGAAUUUCAAACCGAUAAUUGCUUGUGUAUAUAAAUGGUUACCAUUUGCUCGAAACACCACAUACAAACAGCACGAGUGAUUACGCUGAAACCUUGUCCAGCCAUUAUGCGUGCUUUCUUGGCUACAUUUUGAAAAUAAUAAUGAAAUUCGCCCCACUAACUGGUACCGGUGGAAGUUUAAUCUGAAAUUCUAAUGAAAUUUAAUCUACCCUGCAUAAUCGUCUUAUAGUAUCACACCGCAAAUAAUGCUACUUAAGCUCCCGAAAUGAUAAGAGGGUAGAAUAGUUGGUGUGUCGUAAAAAGUGACGUGUCUUAUCUUUCCCGUUGGGUGCGUCUACAAACGAACGAAGAAAUGAACAAGAAAGGGUGUCCAGAUGAAACCCAUCAAAUGUACUUCCACAUACACAUGCUAGUGGAAUUUGAUAAAUCGAAAUUAGCAGCAGUUUUACGCAAACCAUCACAACACAAUCUCCUGGAUGAAUGGAUCCAGUGCCAAAAUUAUUCCCAAAUAAUUGUUUACAUUUUCCUGUGUAUUUGGCCCAUUGAUUACAUUGUGUUAUCGAAUUUCUUUCGUUUGUCAGCAACAACAAAUGCUUAUCGAAAUUAAGUGAUUCAUACGAAUUUGUACGAAUGUUUAAAGAUGUUCGUGAUAGAGUGUGCGAAGAAGAGGAAAAUUUUUCUUAUUGAGGCUUAUUUUACCAAUGUUUAGAUAUGUACGCUUUGUACAAUUGUUUUGUUUGCACCAGCGAGGAGUUUUGUUAUACUACCAUCUAAAUGAAAAAGAUCCCAAACGAAUCAGUAAUAACUACCAAAUAUAACUGUACACCAAAUACAAAACUGGCUGCUACACUGUGUUGAUAGGAUAUGCUUUUGUGUAAUGUAAUGCACGAAAUGUAAUAAUGUGGCUUAGAAUAGUAGGAUGGGAAUGGUUUUUAAUUUUAUUUAUUUCACCAAGAAGACCACCAAAAACACAAAUGGGGUCAUCGUCCGUUUUGCCAUUCUAUCCUUCUAAAGGGUGUGUAAUGUAACAAUAAAACUUUACACGAUUAAUUAUUAUAGCAGAAUAAACAAAAAGUCCUCAUAAAAAAUCCACAUCUACAUGUUUUUGCCGCUAUACACUGCAAAGAUGUAUAUAAUGUUUACCACAAAUAAUAUAAAUAUUGCGUAACAAGUUUGGAACAUUAUUUAUGAAAUGAAAUCUAUAACAAAACAAAAAUCCUAGCUACAGUGCAAACUUAAACAAUGAAUGAAAUAGAAAAGAACAUCCAGUGAAUGUAUUGAAAGUUUUGAACAAUGCAAAAGCUUUACAUUGACGGCAGCCAUCGAUGACAAUAGAUAGUGGUGGUAAUGGAAACUGAAUAUCUCGAAGCAGCCUCCAAUUAAAACAGAAAAAAAUCGAUGUAGUUCGAAUAUGAUACAAUCAAGUAAUCAAGCAUAAAAAUAUUUCUGCUACAACAACGUAAACAACCCUACCCACGGGGUGUGUAAGUUUGUCCAUGUUUUUUUUUCUUUUAACAAUAAAACACAACAAUAACUGUUAAA